AUGGAAGAACUACUGAAACCAUUGUUCCCUCCCGUGGACUCAAGCAAGGAUGCGGAGAGGAAAGGAUUGGUUCAGGGUUGUAGAGUAGCUAGGGGAGCACCUCCAGUCUCCCACUUGUUCUUUGUUGAUGACAGUUUGCUAUUCUUUAAGGCUAAUUUGCAGGAGACUUCGGUUGUUAAGGGUUGCCUACAGUGCUGUGAAAUUGUCGUUGGCCAACCAAUCAAUCUUCAUAAGUCAAGUGUCUCAUUUAGCCGAAAUACAAGCGAAGAUGUGAAAACGGAGGUGGCAGGUACUAUGGGGCUGGAAUUAGCCGAUGGGUUUGGGAAGUAUCUUGGGCUACCCACGGUAGUUGGGCAGGAUAAAAAGGCAAUGUUUGGCUAUGUGGAGCAGAAGUUGAGGCACAGGUUUGGCUCGUGGAACAAGAAGUUGCAUACAAAUGCAGGCAAGGAAGUUUUACUUAAAAGUGUGGUUUAG